AUGGCAGCAACAUUAGUAAUGGUGGUGAGCCUCGCAAUAGUUUUAGGCCUCGUCUUAGUUCUACUUGCUGAGCUCUACUGCUCACUCUUAAUUCGUCAACGACGACAGCUCCAAAUGACACCCCUGAAUUCCUCCACCUCCGCUACUGCGGCCCAAAGCUCCAAGGAACCACCCCGGCAACAACAAAACCAAUCAACUGCUUCAACUCUCAGUGACUUCUAUGCGCAAGGGGUUCUUCAUGCUCCUAGAAACUUUCUCAUUCCUGCAGUUACUCGCAACGACAAGUUCGACCUUGAAAUGCAAAGCUCUGCGCAAGUCUCCUCCAUUCAUCAUCAAGUUGGGCUUAUUUUUUCUUCACCACAUUCCCAUCCCUUCAUUUCGAAUUUAUCCCCUAAAUUAGUCCAUCAAUUUCCACUCCAAUGCAGCAACAUUGAAGGAGUUGACGGUGGUGCUACAAAGAAGCAAUUAGUAUACAUAUCCAAUCCCAUUUACGAUAACGAAGCCUGCAGGCCUAGCAAAGGUGAUACCCUAUUUGAAACGCCUGAUUCAUCGCCUUCACGUCUCGAAACAAUUCAUUCUUCUGGGAAAGACGACAAUGGUAGUGGCCAAUCAUCAUUAUCUAGUCCCUCUUCACUCCCAUUAACUCCAAUGAAGAAACUUCCAGCUGUGGCAUGUUCAGUUUCACUAAGAGAUGCUAGGUCACUCGGCACUUCUGGAAGUUCCAACAGUAACAACACUUCGUUAUCCUCAGCCUCAGGAUCUCCUUGCACUUCUCCUUCAUGA